AUGAGAAACACCAGCUGGAUCCGAAAGAACUGGCUUCUUGUAGCUGGCGUGUCUUUCAUAGGUGUCCAUCUUGGAACGUACUUUAUACAGAGGGCUGCAAAACAGUCUGUAAAGUCUCAGUCUGGAAGCAAAUAGAAGAGCACUGAAGAAUGAAGUAAAAUAAAUAUGUGGAAUCACCAACAUGUCAUUAAGUCAUUAUCCGUGCCUAUCAGUUUCAUAAUCAUAGAACCUUUUCAUUUUCUAGCCUCAAUGCUACAUAUUCAGACUUUCACUCCCAAGGAACAGUUUAUUUUUUAAUAUAAACAUACAUGGCCUUGCAAUAAAUUGAAAAGUAUGGUUAGUAAAAUAAAAGCUGUCUGUAUAAUUUA